GUGCAGAAACAGCCCAAGUCCUCCUCUGCCACCUCUGAGUGAUGGCUGUUGUUAGCAAAGGGUCGUGGCGCUGACCACCCCUGGCUCAACUGUGCUUCCCAUGGACGAACUCGCCGUAUUCUCACUGUGGCACGUGGUGCAAGCGUUGCCCUCAUUACUCUCAUUUCUCAGCUGAGGGAACUGAGGCCUGGUGGGGCAGCAGCAUGCGGGUCCUGCCUGGAGGGACCGUCUUGAUCAUUCCCUCCCUUGUUUUGUGGCAACGGGGAUUGGAUGCAGGGCCUUUGCACUGCACUCCAUCCCCAGUCCUCUCUUUACUUCUCACAGAAGCAAAGUCAGUAAUUGACUGAGCCGGGUUCAAACUUUAGAUUCUCCUGCCUCAACCUCCCAGUUUACUGGGAUUAAAGGCGUGCACUACUGCGCCCAGCUAGGGCUUCUCACGAUGCCCCUCUCUCUGAGUUCCUGGUGUCUUUCUGGUCCUCUUCCACCUUUGAGUCCUACCUGCCCAUGCCUUCUGUGUCCCCAGUGUCCAGUGUCUGCCUCCAGCAUCGGGUCUGUUACCACUGCCCCCAUCCCUGCCUCCUGCUCUGCCAUGCACCUGGCUUGGGCUGUUGUAGAGGUGCGGUCUGCAGCCCGCCUCCUCUCUCCGCCUCAGUGUCCCUGUGCCACUGCCCACGGGUCUCUGGGUGUCUCCACGUCCCCUGCUGUCUUCACCUCCCUCUGAACCCCGACUCCCAGGGGCCCUGCUCUCCACCUCCCUGUGCUCCCUCCUGGUUGUCCGGUCUGCACGUGCCCCCAGCUCCAGCCUGGCCUCCCCCCAUCACUGCCCGCAUGCCCGCCGCUGGGCCCCAGCUCGGGCUGCGUCUGCCCCUGCGGUGGAGAUGGAGGGAGGGGACGCCAUGACCUCACCAGCCCCUCUCCGACCACCCCCCUCCACUUUUCAACUUUUCCAACUUUUCACUCCGUGCCCUCCUCUGAGCGAGGCUGCGUGUGAGUCCUACAAGGCAGCCGGCUCGUCUGAAUGGAAAAGGCAGGAGGGAGGGUGUUUGUCGCCUGGUCCUCGUGGUGCUGAGCCUCUGGCCAGAGAGAGCUGCUGCCCGCGGGCCACCUCCUGGCUCUGCUCGGGCGGAGAUGGACAGUACGGUCCUUCUCACCCGCUCCCUCCUGUUGGACACGCAGGAGCUGUUUGCACAGCUGAAGAACCAGUACCCUGUGGCUGGGGGCUUCGGCCUGAAGUCCCUUCCCAAGCUGGCCAUGAGUGCGGGCGCCCUGGGAGCCCUGCAGCUGUCCAGCAUGCUCACACGGUUGCGCACUGACCUGCUGUCCUACCUGCGCCACAUGCAGUGGCUACGCCGGGUGGGUGGCCCUUCGGUGAAGAGCCUGGAGCCUGAGCUGGGCACUCUGCAGACCCAGCUGGACCGCCUCCUGCGCCGGCUGCAGCUCCUGAUGGCCAGCCUGGCACUGCCCCAGGUGCCCCCGGAACUGCCAGCACCUCCCCUGCCGUCUUCUCUCAAAGACUGGAGAAGCAUCCAGGCGGCCCACGCCAUUAUAGGGGGACUGCACCUCACCCUGGACUGGGCCGUGCGGGGGCUGAUGCUACAGAAGGCCCAGCUGUGACCAGGACAGGACACAAUGCCACC